ACAAAAUCGGAUUCAGCCACGACCAAGGUCUCCUCCUCUCUUCAUCAGCGCCUUUCCCCGUGUCGAUUUUCGAUGUUGCAAUGGCCCAGACGAGUUUCUAGAUUUUUAAAACCCCCAAAUCUCACAUCAAAAUCCUGCAUUCGACACUUCAACUUCCGCGCGAUGGAGCCUAUGGAACCACCUCAGGACCAAAGUGGUGGUCGAGGACCUCGAGGUCAGGACACAAGGAAGAGACAAUUCCAAGGCGGACGAGGCUCGAAGAGGCAGAGAACUCGGAAGGAGAAGCGUGUGAAGGAAGGAUCCAACGAUGAGGUCUUGCUUGCUGAUGUACAGGCAUUGUUCGCGGCUCAAAAGCUCUCGAACACCGGGAACUCGACAACACUCAAAGACAAAGCUAAUAAUACGGACGACCCUGCUCCUCAAGAGCCCGGGGGCCUUGCACGGGGAAUUGAAGAAACUGCUACUACCGAUGGCGUGGUCACACUCCCGGAACCCUUCACAGAGAUCGAUGUUAAGGUUGUUGAGAUCUCCUCUACCGGAGAUGGUCUUGGUUUACAUGGCUCCUCGAACCAAAUCUACGUCGUCCCUUUCUCCGCACCAGGCGAUAUCGUUAGAGCAAAAGUGGUCAGACAUUUUGAAGAUGAGCAUUAUUCCCAAGCAGAUUUCGUAUCAGUGGUCCAGGCAGGACCACUUCGAGAUGACAAUCGCAUCAACUGCAAAUACUUCAGCACCUGCUCAGGCUGUCAGUUUCAGAUGCUGGAUUACCCCACGCAGCUUAAGCACAAGAAGACAAUAGUUGAGAAGGCUUACAAGAACUUUUCACAGCUACCACCUGAGCUUGUGCCCAUCAUCGAGGAUACCAUAGGAAGUCCGUUGCAGUAUGGGUAUCGCACAAAGCUUACACCCCAUUUCGAUGGCCCCCCGGGGUAUAUCAGCAAGCACGAUAAGAUGAAGGGGGCGAGAAAUUAUUUCACGGAGGUCCCAAAUAUUGGAUUUAUGGGAAAGGGAUUGAAAAGAACAUUGGAUAUUGAGGACUGCCCCAUUGGUACCGAUGCUGUCAGAAUGGGAAUGAAAAGUGAGAGAUCAAGAGUGGCUAAAGAACUGGACAAGUACAAGAAAGGAGCAACGAUUCUGUUGCGCGAAAGUACACUGAGGGUCCAAAAUGACGACGAGAAAGCCUCCAAAUCCAUCCCGGACACCAUCAAAGUCACUGGCCCGAACUAUACAGACUUCAAAUCUUGCAUAAUGGACAAUAACGCAACAUCGACUGAAUACAUUAAUGAUUUUGUCUUCACUAAUAUUGCCGGAUCCUUCUUCCAGAACAACAACUCAAUCCUCCCUGUGUUCACUCAAUAUAUCCGCGAGCACAUCUUAUCACCCGCACCAUUCUCGAUAGAUCCUCAAAUCAAGUAUCUGAUCGAUGCUUACUCUGGAUCCGGUCUCUUCACAAUCACUUUGUCCUCCCUGUUCACUUCCUCCACUGGCAUUGAUAUUUCAGGUGCCUCAAUAACAUCCGCCCGAGAGAACGCAAUAUUGAAUAAGCUACCAACAUCUCAAUGCACGUUCAUUGCUGCAGAUGCCCCUGAGUUGUUCAAGUCUGUCACAUACCCGAAGGACGAGACUGUUGUAGUCAUUGAUCCGCCAAGGAAAGGAUGCGAUGAUAUUUUCUUGAAGCAGCUACUGAGAUUCGGGCCAAAGAGAGUGGUUUAUGUUAGUUGCAAUGUUCACACACAAGCGAGAGACGUGGGUGUUCUGGUCCGAGGCAUGGGGGAUGGAGGUGCGAGAUACAAGAUUGAAUCUUUGAGAGGGUUUGAUUUUUUCCCACAAACGGGACAUGUGGAGGGCGUUGCUGUGCUCAGCCGAGUUGAGUCUUCAGGAGCUGAAUUACCUCCUUAGGAGUAAUGAGCCUUAACCGACGAAGAGCAACAAGUUUGUCUGCUACUUCAGCUCUGUUUGCAAGACAAUUGAAGAUACCCACCCACAUUUUGUGAUACUCUACCCUCG